UGUAUCUGAUUACUUUUUUCCUCCAACGUACGUCACUGUGCUUAACCUCUGUCUGUAGAGACAAGUACCGCUACUUUGCCUGCCUCCUGAGAGACAGGUUUGAUAAGAACAAGGAUGUGAAGGAUAUGGUGAAAGCCACGGAGCUGCUGAAGGCAGGCGAGGAGGAGUUCUGGGCAAACCAGCAUCCUCAGCCGUACAUCUUCCCUGACUCCCCUGGGGGCACUUCCUAUGAGAGAUACGAGUGCUACAAGAUUCCUGAAUGGUGCCUGGAUUACUGGCACCCUUCUGAGAAGGCGAUGUAUCCCGAUUACUUUGCCAAACGAGAGCAAUGGAAGAAGCUGCAGCGGGAAAGCUGGGAUAAAGAGAUCAAGCAGUUAGAAGAAGAAACUCCGGCUGAUGGUCCAAGAACGGAAGCUUUGCCUCCAGCUCGUAAGGAAGGGCAUCUGCCACCGCUGUGGUGGCAGUACGUAACGCGACCUCGUGAAAUUCCCAUGUAAAAGCGUUAUUUUGCAUGAGAAUUAAAGCGGUCCGUCUUCUGUAGGUGGUAGACAUGUCCGUGACCGCAUGCUACUCUAAGAAGUAUAAAAUAUAGCCAAAUAAAGUAAAUCAGAAGGCA